UCUCUCUAGAUUUCGAUUUCCUUUUGCGUUUAUUUACUUUAUUUAAUUGCUCUGCAACAUGCGUAGUAGUCUUCAACAGAUUCGCGAGGUUUAGGGUUAUAAUCAAUUGUAUUGUUUCAAAGAUGUACAAUUGUUCUUCUUUGAUUUGGUGAAACUGAUUUUAGAUGGCCGCUUCAAUUGGGUAGUUUAAUUCAAUUGGGGAUUUCUGGCCUUUUUUAUUUCAAAAAUUGGUGAAAGUUCGUCUAACAAUUUGUUUUCUGUGUGUGUGUGUGUUUUAAUUUUCCAGAUUGCAGCUUUAAAUAGCUUUUGGAGGUUGAUUUGGUUAUACUGGGAUCGAUUUCAUGGCCGGUUAUUAUGAUAUCGAUGAUAUAUUAGCAGAAGAAGAGCUCGUUCCAUCGGUAUUCCAACACGAUGCAAAUGGGGUUGGGCUUUUUGACUCGAGCGAUGAUACGGAUAAGGUGAUAGCUGGUUCAAGAGCAGAACUGCCAUUUUGGCUGGUCCGCGAGUUGUAUUUGAGACAACUUAUAUCUAUAAGGGUUCCUCCAUGUUUUGACAGAGAUUCUAAAACACGAGAAGAAAUAGGUGCUGAUGCCGCCCAUGUGGAUCUAAAGAGUCGAUGUGCAUAUUUUUAUACACUAGGGUGUAAGAUUGCACCACUCAUAGGUGACAAAACCAUAGGGCCGUUUCUUCUUGUGGCAUUUCGGACCAGAUACAGGGAAGUCUUGAUUAAGGCACAUACUCUGUCACUUUCGGUGGCUCCCAAAUACUUGAUUCUUCUUACUAACGAAGAAGCCAAACUGUAUGAAGCUGGACAAUCUUCGAUAGUUGCGUUUAAAAAGUGGCGGAUGGGUGGGCCCAGAUUCCAAAUGGCCCCUGUUCUUGGACGGAAGAGGAAACCGACUUAAAAACGGUGGUGGUAAAUGGUACAGCCUGUUCCGCUACAUGUGCAACAUUCCUUAUACUAAAUUGUGAGGUUCUCCUCAAGUUAGAUAUUAAUUUCAGUAAAUUAAAAUGAUUCGUAUACUGCACUGUGAACUUUAAGAUUGUUGUCACCUAGGUUUUUCUGUAAACUUGUAAUAAAAUCAUCAUAUGCCGGGCAGAUUUUGUACACCCCUUAAUUUUUUAUUUAUUUCUUAUGAUUU